AUGGUCAGACUUCUCAACCGGAAAGCCCAGCUUCAUCCAAGAAACCAAGACCUGUUUCCUUGCGAUGACGAAGAGGAGAUGGAAGAGGAAGGGGAGCUGGAAUCCGAAGCAGAAACUGACAAUACUGAAGAUGAGGAAAUGGAAGGUUCACCUGGGCAGGAUAAUCUGGAGAACAGGCAACAAAGAUUCCUUCUGAAACUCACUUUGUUCCUAGCGGCCUUCAGGAUCCUUUGUGAAGGUCUAUUCAGCAGUGCUGGGAAAGUGGCCGUCGUGCUUCUGUUGGGCUUAGCAGGCAUCAUCCUACCUUCGGCAACUUCCGCGGUUUAUUUCUUCGUCUUCUUAGGCCUGUCCUCCUGGUGGUCUUGCCAUCGGCCAAUCAGCCCGGUUGCCUUCAACAGCUUGUGUGUUUUGGUUGCAAUAUUCAGUGCAGGGCACCUGGGUGCUUUCUACCUGUACCAGCUGCCAUACUUUCAGGACCUGGUUCCUCCUGAAUACAUUUAUGCCAGGGUCCUGGGCUUAGUGCCGCUUAUUAAGGCAAACAUCACUGUGCCCUGGAAGCUCCAAGUUCAUCCCCAGCUCAGCUGGCCGGUGGCUCUGAAUCCUUUUGUGCUUCUUGUCCUCUAUUACACUCUGGUCAUGAUGCUCCAGCAAUGGGCUCUGCCUCCUAAGUGUCAAAGUCAUCGUAGCUGUGAUGUGAAUGCCUACAUCAAUGAAGGACACAACCUUUCCUUCUCAGAUGAGACAUGCUCUGAAAAUGCAUCGGAAACUGAUGAUGAACAGGGCACUGAAGGAAAUGGGCCCAGUACCUUUUUAGCAUUGGCACAAUUCCUUAUGAAUCAGAGCUACAUCACUGCAUUGAUUGCCAUGAUGGUUUGGAGCGUCACUUAUAUCAGCUGGCUGACUUUUGUGCUGCUGAUUUGGUCUUGUGUCAUUUGGAUGUUGCGCAACCGCCGCCUCUACGCCUUGAAGAGCUCGCCUUUCCUUGUUGCCUAUGGAAAUGUCUUGGUGGUCCUCAAUUUCUUUGCAGGCCUGCACGUUUCCCAGGAGGAACUGUUUCCUGGAGUUUCAGCCUCAUUGCUCGUGGACUUGGAUUUGAAGCCUUAUUCACUGCCCUGUGUCCACCUAGGAGUCAAGAUUUUAUAUCUGUUUACCUUCUGGUUGUUGCUAAAGCAGUGGAUGAUCCAGAAGAAAAGGCAGAGAAAAGAGGAGGAAGAAUCUUUCAAGGGAGUGAGAGUAGAUGGGGCAGCCGAAACGGACAAUCCACAAAACAUUCUUUUGGGCAUCCUUGGUUCUGUGCUGCAAGGGAUGUUUGUAAAAUACUGGAUUUACAUCUGCUCUGUCAUGUUCUUUAUUGUCAGCUUCAAUGGCAAAGUGGCCCUGUACAAAAUUCUUUACAUUGUGCUUUUUCUGCUUUGUGUGGCUUUGUACCAGGUUCAUUAUGAGAUAUGGAGAAGAAUCCUGAAGAGCUUCUGGCUCACCACUGUUUUUUAUUCAAUGGUGGUGCUCAUUGCUAUCUAUGCCUAUCAAUUUGAGAUGGUGUCAGCGUUUUUCCUAAACACCUUGGAGAUAUCAGAGGAGAGAUUAAAAGACCUGGGUCUUGAGCGGUUCAGCACAAUGGAGCUGUUUGCAAGGAUUCUGCUCCCCGGCGCUUUCCUUCUGGCUUGCAUCCUGCAGCUUCAUUACUUCCACGAAGACUUCCUGAAGGCCACAGAUCUGGCUCAUAUUUGCAUCACGCCACUUCCUGGAAGGCUUAAGGAACAUAUCCUAAAGCUGCAAAGUAGGCUGGCUGCUGAACAGCUACAAGAUGACAUUGAAGAUGGAUUGGAGAAGCCUGAGAACUCAGCAGUAGGUGAAAACAUGGGCAAGUGCCAUCAGGCGAAGCUGGUGGAAAAGAUGAGUAAAUGGACAGAAGUGGUUGACAGUGUGGUGCCUCAUCUCCUGAAGCUCUUAGCAACGAUUCGAGCAAUGCAGGCAUUUGCGUGGCGAUUCCUGGAGCUCCACAUCCUGAAGAUUCUGUCCACUUGGAUUAUCUGGAUCACUGUACACGAGGUGUCUUUGAUGAACUACCCUUUCUUCAUCCUCUGGGCAUUUGCCCUUCCAUAUUCCAAGCUGUGCCCACACGCCUCCAGGAUCUGUACGUUUUGGUCCUGUGUGAUGGUCAUCUGUAAAAUGGCAUACCAGCUGAAAUUUGUCAAGCCUCUGACAUAUUCUUCAAACUGCACACAGGUCGGCUUGCUAUACACCAACAUGGAUGAAUUACUGGAAAAGUCAUUGUUGUACAAGGCCCCUGUUGACCCAGCACAUUGGUUUGGAGGGCUAUUGAAGUGCAGUGACAAUGUUCUCCCAUGUCUAAAGAAUCACCUCACCAUCCUGGUUCUUAUGGCUCUAGAGGCCACAGUGCAUCGCCACCAGCUUUUUUACCGAAUUCAGAACCAGCUGAUGCCGCCUCCCACGGGGAGCGUUUUUUAUGACGUGGCCCGGGAGAAUCUGGACGAUGGGCUCUUGAGUUGCAUCAAAUACUUUGUCAAUUACAGUUUCUACAAGUUUGGACUAGAGAUCUGCUUUGUGGUUGCCAUCAAUGUGAUUAGGCAGCGUAUGGACUUCUAUGCCCUCAUCCAUGCCAGCUGGCUGAUUUACCUGUUGAGCUGCCGUCGGAGGAAAGCCAUGGCUGAAGCCUGGCCCAAAUACUGCUGUUUCCUUGCCAGCAUCGCAGUCUUCCAGUAUCUGCUCUGCAUUGGUCUCCCACCUGCUUUGUGCCAAGAUUAUCCGUGGAGAACCUCUCACUGGCUGCUCCAUUCAAAUCUGAUUAAGUGGCUGUAUCUGCCUGAUUUUGCCAAGAGGCCUGAUGCUAGUUUUCUCCUGUAUGACUUCCUGCUUCUGCUUGCCGCCUCUCUCCAGUGGCAGGUGUUUGAAGAUGAGAAUAAGCUGGUUGUGAGGAUGCAGGCGGGAGACAAUGUAGAGAUCAGCCACAGCCUCGACCCAGCUGGGCUAAGCGAGUACAGUCUAGUACCAAACUUUAUCCACUGCAGGUCUUAUCUGGAUUUGGUGAAAGUGAUUUUGUUCAGAUACCACUUUUGGUUUGUCCUUUGCCUGAUUUUUAUGACCGGGACAACAAGGAUCAACAUCUUCUGUGUGGGCUACCUCCUGGCCUGUUUCUACUUCAUGCGUUUUGGGCAAAGCCUCCAGCUGAAGCCAGUCAAAGACAUACUCAGACUGUGGGACUAUCUGAUCGCAUACACAGCUUUGGUUAUAGCCGCGAAGAACCUCCUAGCCAUUGGAGCAUGUGCGUACCUUAGUAAAUUACAAACUAGCCAUUGUUGGCUAAUUCAGACCUUUGGUAUGUUCUGCACAAUACCGGGAUAUGAUGUAGACCCACCUGAGGAUGAAAUAUGCGAACUGCCUGAGAAGGAAGCAGGAAUAACCUGGGAUGCGAUAUGUUUCACUUUCCUGCUAAUCCAGCGUAGAAUUUUUACUAGCUACUACUACCUCUAUGUUGUUGCAGAUCUUAAGACUGCCAAGACCUUGGCCUUCAGAGGAGCCGAGCUGUUUGAAGUAAAGCUUAAAAAGGUGGUGGAACUCAGGAUGGAAGAAGAGAGGAAAUCAAUGCAAACCAUGAAGAAGCAGCUGGAGCUGAUCAAACCAAAGAAAAAUCUCACCACCUUGGAGAAAUGGGUGCCAGAAGCUGUGCAAGAGUCUGAAAAAGCAGAGGAUUCAGAGGAUGAUGCUAACAAGAAGGAAAACGAAGGCAAGAAGACAUGGUGGCAACCAUGGGUCACUCACACUUCAAUGGUUCGAAGUGGGAGCUAUUACCUGUUUGAGACAGAUAGUGAGGAAGAAGAGGAACAGGGGCACACUGAAAAGAGUGAGAAGGAAUCUCUGAAGAAGAAAACAGCAUUCCAGCUUGCCUAUGAAGCCUGGAUGACUAGUUCCAAGUCAGCUCUGAAGAUGAGGGAGCUUGAUGAAAUCAGGGACCAAGGGAAGCAGCAGCAGCGCCAAUUGGCAGCCAACGUGAAAAUGGAAUCCUGGGAAGAAAAUCUGGAGAAGUCAGCCCCAGAAGAGGACUUGGAUGAGCCAGCAGAAAACAUCGUUCAAAGAGCAACCAACAUUGUUAAGUUCACUUGGGUUUUUAUCCAAGCGUUGCUGGAUGACACCACAGAGGCACUGAAUUCGCUUUGUAAAGAUAACCUGGAUGUAACAAAUGUGCUGAGGAUAGAAAAGUGCAUGAUUUGGCGGGAGAUUCAGAAGGGAAAAGUGGCCUCAGCGAACAUUGUCCUUCAGUAUUAUAACCUGGAGAAAACCCAACCAGAUUAUGGAGAAAGUGAAGCUGAAACAACAGAGACGAAUGAGAGCAACAACAGGUCACCCCAGUGCCCACCUGGAGAGUACGUGGACCCAUCCCUUGUGCAGCUCCGCAGGAGAUCCAGCGAUGCUUCCAGGGGUGUGGCUGGAAAUGAGAAGGUGGAAGAAGGAAGCCUCAAUGGGCCCUGCCCCCAAGGGCUCACUUCAGCAUCUUCCUGUACAGAAUCUGCCAGUCGGGGCUCCUCUUCAUCAGUAAUGGAAGGACCUACAUAUUCCCUAUUUGUGAGAAGUGAAGAAUCAGGUGCAUCGAGCAAUGUUCCUGCUAUGAUGACAGCCAGUGAAUGGCUCCUGAACAGGGUAUUUCAUGACAAUGAGCUGGAGCAGUCAGAUAAGUUCUACCAGAGCCUUCCUAGGCCCCUGAAGCUGGGAGUUGCUUUGUACAAUGCUAUGGUGUCUUAUUCAGAAAUGCUGUGUUAUUUUGUGAUCAUUCUAAACCACAUGGUCUCCGCAUCCAUCCUCACUUUGGUUCUACCUAUCCUGAUAUUUCUGUGGGCCAUGCUGUCUAUUCCAAGGCCUACAAAAUUCUUCUGGAUGACAGCCAUCAUUUACACUGAGGUAACAGUUAUGGUCAAAUACUUUUCUCAGUUUGGAUUCUUUCCUUGGACCACCAAGGCCUAUUGUGGGGUCUACGCGGAAGAGCCGCUUGCUUUGCCAAAUAUUGCUGGGAUCGAGAAGAAGGAUGGCUACGUGCACUUUGAUCUGGUUCAACUGCUGGCCUUGUUCUUCCACAGGUAUAUCCUGAAGUGCUAUGGACUUUGGGAUUCCAAAGGUGUCAAUACGGCAGGCGCUGAAGGAAAGGACCUGGCAGGGAGGCAAAAGAAGAAAAGGCACAGGGGCCAUCUGAAGGAACGUCCAUCUGGACCAGGAAUAAACUAUUCUUCUAGAUACCCAAGUCCCUCCAGGGCCGCCGCCAGGAGUGUUGAUGAAGACAAAACUCUGGAAGAAGCCAAGAAGAAAUGGAGCCUUUUCAGGAAAAAACCCACUGGUAGGAAGAGACUUACUAAAGCAACAAUAAAACAGCAGAUGAUGAAGGCAAAGAAGCUGCUGAUUAAAAUCGCUCUUCAGGUAUACCGGCCCAUAAGGCAAUUCUUCUACGACAUUAUUCAUCCAGAAUGCAGCCAAAUCUGCGACGUUUAUGCUCUCAUGUUCCUGGUUGAUGUGAUUAAUUUUAUUAUUGUCAUCUUCGGUUACUGGGCUUUUGGUAAACACUCGGCUGCCGCUGACAUCACAGAGUCCCUUUCAGAAGACCAGGUGCCCGAAGCUUUCCUGGUGAUGCUGUUGGUGCAGUUUGGGACGAUGAUAGUUGACCGUGCCAUCUACCUCAGAAAGAACAUGUUUGGGAAGUGUGUUUUUCAGGUGCUUCUUGUCUUUGGCAUCCAUUUUUGGAUGUUCUUCAUCUUGCCUGGAGUAACAGAAAGGAGGUUUAACAGGAAUCCAGUGGCUCAGCUGUGGUAUUUGGUCAAGUGUGUCUAUUUUGGUUUGUCGGCUUAUCAGAUCAAAUGCGGUUACCCCGAACGGGUCUUGGGCAACGUUCUGACUAAGAGCUACAAUUGCAUAAACCUCUUCUUAUUUCAAGGCUUUCGCCUGAUACCGUUUUUGACAGAACUGAGGGCUGCCAUGGAUUGGGUUUGGACCGACACCACACUCAGCCUCUCCAGCUGGAUCUGUGUGGAGGAUAUCUAUGCUAACAUUUUCAUCCUGAAAUGUUGGAGAGAAUCUGAGAAAAAAUACCCCCAGCCUCCUGGGCAGAAGAAGAAAUUGCUUGUGAAAUACGGGAUGGGAGGAUUCAUUGUCUUUGUGCUCAUCUGCAUUGUGUGGUUCCCACUCCUUCUUAUGUCACUGGUCAAAUCAGUGGCAGGAGUAACUAACCAGCCUUUGGGCGUCUCUGUCAAAAUUACCAUCAGUGGUUAUGAGUCUUUGUUUACCAUGAGUGCUCAGCAGCAGAAUCUGGUCCCUUUCACUCAUGUGGCGUAUAAUGAACUCACCACUCAAUAUGCCCUCCAUCCUUCUGCCAUGCAAUUUAUAGUCAACUAUAGCCCGGAGGACGUCAUCGUUGCUAAAAUAAAAGGCAAUGCCAGCUUGCUGUGGAACAUCAGCCCUGCAAGUCGGAAAGCUAUGAUUGCAGAACUCUCCAAUUCCUCCGCAAUCUACAUCAACUUCCAUUGGACUCUUCUCAGGAAUGCCUCUCUUGUGAAGAAUGUUGAAGCAUCUGGCGUACACACAAUGCGCUAUCAAGACAAAGGGAUUCAGGAGCAAAUCAUCGAAAUGCUACGUGGGACCAGAACGGAAGGCGUUCUGCUUCCUGGUGUCCUACCAAGGUAUCUGAGAGCAGCUGGCGGAGUAGAAGCUAAAAUGGCACAUCGGCUGCAAGUGGCUCAUUCCAAUGCGCCAAAGGACGUAGACAAGAUGGCCUUCUUCAGAAAUAUCACCAUAGAACUGCAGCAGCUGCCUGCCAAGGAGUCAUUAAGCCAUGUUCCCGAAUGGUGGGUUGUUAAAGAGCAGAGGCCCGGCUGUUUGGGUAACGGAUGCAGUAAGAAUAUGGAACUCUUCAUCUUCAACGACAAGGUCAGCCCUCCUAGCCUGGGAUUUCUGGCAGCUCAUGGCAUUGUAGGCCUCUACAUGUCUUUUGUUCUGGUCAUCGGAAAGUUCAUCCGAGAGCUUUUCAACGGCAUCUCGCGCUCCAUCAUGUUUGAAGAGCUGCCCAACGUGGACCGCAUCCUGAAACUCUGCACGGAUAUUUUCCUGGCUAGGGAGGCCGGGGAGCUGGAGUUGGAGGAGCAGCUGUUUGCCAAGCUCAUCUUCCUCUACAGAUCCCCUGAAACCAUGAUUAAAUGGACCAGGGAACCCAGGGAAGACUAAAGCCAGGGGUGUGUGUU